AUGGUGCCCGAGAGCCUCUUUUUAGCCCUGAUGAAUGGGCAUCCACUGGGAAGAAUCUCGGUGCGCUUCCGCAUCGGUCAACCGUUGGUUGCUUAUUUUUUCUCUUUGGCAUUUGAUAAAACCGUUGCGAAGGACAACUCCCUAGCCGUUGGCUUCUUUCAGAGAGGGUUUGUCCGUCUGCAGCUGGAAAUGUACGAAGAAGCUCUCUCUGACUAUCAUAUGGCUUUCAAUCAUCUAAGACAAAAUCCCUUCAUCGAUUACAAGCAGCUGGGGCUAAGGCACAUACUCUAUGCAUGGGAGGUGCUGUACAGCACUGCAGCAGCACAGUGCCGGCUGCAGCAGUGGCAGGAGGCCAGAGUCACCCUAGAGAAGGCUGUUGUAUGGAGACCUGAAGGAAGAACAGCAAUCCUGGACCUGGCCCUUGAGCAGGUGCAGGACCAUCUGUUUUUGGAGCCCAUGCAGGUUCCUCUUGGGGAAUUUUUCAGACCACGAAAGAAGGAAGUUGAACAGCUGGAUUCAAAAGAUUUCCUGGGUAAACCCAAGGUGAUCUCGUCCAUCAUUCCCAAUGACGAGUACAUUGGCUUCGAGCCUCUCAGGCCUCAGAAACAGGGCUUUUAUGAACCCAGUGUUGAUGCUCUGCGAGACAGUCAGUCAGGCUACUAUCGAGUUUUGUCCCAUUAUUACCCUGAGAACUCGGAGAAAUCGGCAGUGAAAGCCAGCAGUUUGGUCUUUGUGCUGACGAGAGAAGCGGAUGGCUGGGCUACAGCCAUACACGAUGGACAGAAGCUGCGCAUACCGAGCUCUCUCCUGGAGCCUGCCUCAAAGAUGGAUAAAUGGAAGAUCAGCAAUGGGAUUCCCCUCCCUCCUGCCCAGGUGCCUCCCAGCCCGCUCCAUGUGAAGCAGAAACCAGAAUCUCCUGGGGGAGAAAAUGCCUCUGCAAAUGAUGCUGGUGCCCAAAUGGACAUCAAGAUCCCACCGACCUGCGGAGAAGCUUCAUCCAGCACGGACAGACCUGUUGUGCUGAGAGUGUGUUGUGAGUGCACUGUGGUGGUGAGGGCAGGCGAGGUACCGUCUCUGCCGGACCUGCGGGCUCUGCUGAGGGAGCGGUUCGGCCAGCAGGCAGAGCGAGGGAAGCUGAGCUACAGGCAUUCGGAUGGCAAAGAACUGGGUGCAGUUUUGGGAGAGGAGGAUCUAGGGAAGAUGUGGCAGCAGCUGACAGAUGGCAGGCUGACGCUUUGCUGCCAGGACUCAGACACCCACUCGGGCAGACCCGUCCUCUACCGGAUGCUGGCUCAGCACUCUUACCUUGCACAGGGACCGGGGGACCUGCAGUUCAGCAAGGGAGACGUGCUGGAUAUUCUCUCUGAAGUGAAUGAGGACUGGCUCGAAGGACGCUGCAAUGGCAAGACUGGCAUCUUCCCCAAAUGCUUUGCAACCCAGACCAGUUGUGGUGCUGCCUUCCUAUAGAGAACAGGAGCCUUUUCCUGCCCGACUG